AUGAAGCGGUCAUUGGCUCUUCGAAGGGCUUCUCUGAGGAGCAUUCGAGGAGAAGGUGGGACGGCAUGUUUACCCGUGGAGGGUUUGGGUGUGCUGGGUGCACUGCUUGAUCACCUGCCCAGCUGCGAGUUGUGGGCUCAAAGUGGGUGGGCUUGGGUGGGCACCAUGCCCGAUUCCAAACCCAGGGAGAAGAUCCUGGAGGUGUUCUACAGAGACCGCUUGGAGGAUGAUGGGAGGGCGGUGAGGUUUGUUGAGGAGCUGGCGAAGCUCGAGAACGCACCCUGUGAGUUCUCCUUUGUGAGUGUGGAGAGGAAGCUCAACAGCAAAAUCUUCAAGAUGGACGUGACCUUCCUGUUUGUCCGGGACUGGCUCUGCGGUCACAUCCAAGGAGGCCAUGGCUGCACGGACUAUGACACCAAAUCGUCCGCUUGCUCCAAUGCGCACUAUGCGCGGCGAUCCCAAGUCCAUUGGUUCCACAUGGCCUGCGCCUCAGUGACCAGGGCGCGGAAUGCUUCCCCGCGCAAGUUCGUACUGGCAGAAGUUGAAGCUGCCGCUGUCAUGCAUUGCAAUCGAUAUUUGCAAAGCUGGCCACGAAAUGCUCCUGCAUUUGUGCGUUGGAUGGUCCUCACAUUCUCCUCCGCCAAGGGCAUGGCAUGGCCUGAAUUUGUGGGCGCCGGUGCAGUGCCUGCAUGUCUUGGAUAUGCAGAGGCGAAGAUGAAGAGGGCCCUCCAGCAGGCUGAACAGGAAGUCACUGGAACGCAGUGGCUUGGCUUUGAACUUGGCUCCACAUUGCUGCCCUGUGAUCAACUGCUCGCUCAUCAGGGAUUAGUGAUCUGGUACUUUGGGGCAAAUUGGCUCGCCAGUUGCUCUCCAGCUCUUGGCCCUUGUUUGCCAGCACUUUCAUGUGCCUGGCUUAUGCUGCAGGAUCUUCAAGGCGUUAGUGCGAACACCUGCAAAGCUGGGUGGAUCCACGCAGUCCAUGCACUUGAUGCGUUCGAUGGCUCUGUGAAGGGCAUCCAUUUGUCACAGCCCUGGUGUCUCGGGCGUGGUGUCUGGCAGACACACCUCAAAGAACCCGAUGAAGUCCUCUAUCCUGGAAUCUUCGAGGACUGGAACCUGCGUUUUCUCCGCAGUAACCUUGGUGAUGCGCGUGGCCUUUUGAAGAAUGGCCCGUGUUCCUCUUGGUACAAGGGGAUCCAAGUCCGUGUCUGUGAGCUCCAUGAUUUGUACGGUUGCAAGGUAGCUGUGAUCCAUGAUGGCCCGACACAAACCAUCGAUAGUGCCAUGUGCACAUUGCACCGGUGCAUGAAGUCCGGCCCACUGCUUGAAGCCCCAGAUGACAAGAGUGUGGGAAAGGUGAAGUCCGACCAACAUGGAGCAAGCUUGGCGACGCUGAUGGAGAGUGGAAAGAAGGGGCGUGUCGAGGCUUCAAACAACGAGCCGAACGACACGCAACCGCUCGCCAGCGCCGAGCGCCAGCAUGAUGCGAGCAGCGUCGGCGCUCAGAGCCACCGCGGCGAGGUCGGCGACUACCGCGGCGUCGGAUGGGGCGGACCCACAGUAGAGCCGCCCAUCGAGGUCAAAAAAACCUCCAUCAUCCCAUCUCAGGAACUGGAAGAGAUCAGGGAGUGGAUGCGAAACUUUGAAGUGGAGCUGAAGAAGCGAUGCUUUGGGACAGAAGCUUUGCAACAGGUGAGGACCGAAGUGACCCACCAGCUCGAAACAGAGGUUCUUGCAGACGUCCGGCAGCGCUUGAGCUUCCUGGGCAACGAAGUGGAAGAAACCAAGCGAGGCAUUGAGGACUUGCAGGCAUUGAAAGAAGUCCAACAAAAGGCGAGUCGCACUGAUGAAGAUGCAAAAGACAUGGCCAAGAACACAAGAGAAUUACACCAGGUCAUCACGGGACUUCGACGACAAGUUUUGAGCGAAUUCGAUGCGCUGAAAGACACCAAGAGAGGUGCAGAAGAGAUACAGCAGGAACUGGCUGACGUUGGGCAUCGAACAAGUUCCUUUGACAAUGAGCUGAAGGAAACGAGAAAAGAUGUAGAAGACAUGCAGAAGGCACUAAGAGAAGUGACGGAGAAGACGGCUCGCACAGAUGAAGAUGCAAGGAACAUCGUGAAGAGUACCAGAGAGUUGCAUCAGGUCAUCACUGAAGUUCGCCAACGAUUAAGUUGCAUUGAUACUGAGUUGAAGGAUGCCAAGAAGGGUUCAGAAAACAUGCAGCAGGCAUUGAAAGAGCUGCGCGAGUCAAAAAACACUGCAGACAUAAAGAGCGUUGUUUCAGCAGAUUUGCAGCAGGAACUUGCUGACAUUGGGCAUCGAACAAGUUCCUUUGACAAUGAGCUGAAGGAAACCAGAAAAGAUGUAGAAGACAUGCAGAAGGCACUAAGAGAAGUGACGGAGAAGACGGCUCGCACAGAUGAAGAUGCAAAGAACAUCGUGAAGAGUACCAGAGAGUUGCAUCAGGUCAUCACUGAAGUUCGCCAACGAUUAAGUUGCUUUGAUACUGAGUUGAAGGAUGCCAAGAGGGGUUCAGAAAACAUGCAGCAGGCAUUGAAAGAGCUGCGCGAGUCAAAAAACACUGCAGACAUAAAGAGCGUUGUUUCAGCAGAUUUGCAGCAGGAACUUGCUGACGUUGGGCAUCGAGCAAGUUCCUUUGACAAUGAGCUGAAGGAAACCAGAAAAGAUGUAGAAGACAUGCAGAAGGCACUAAGAGAAGUGAAGCAGAAGACGGCUCGCACAGAUGAAGAUGCAAGGAACAUCAUGAAGAGUACCAGAGAGUUGCAUCAGGUCAUCACCGAAGUUCGCCAACGAUUAAGUUGCUUUGAUACUGAGUUGAAGGAUGCCAAGAAGGGUUCAGAAAACAUGCAGCAGGAACUGGCUGACGUUGGGCAUCGAGCGAGUUCCUUUGACAAUGAGCUGAGGGAGACUCGAAAAGAGGUGGACGACAUUCAGAAGGCAUUGAAAGAAGUCAGGGAGAAGACAGCUCGCACAGAUGACGAUGCGAAGAACAUCGUGAAGAGUACCAGAGAAUUGCAUCAGGUCAUCACAGAAGUUCAGCAAAGAUUGAGUUGCUUCGACACUGAGUUGAUGGACGACAAAAGAGGAUCAGAAGACAUGAAGCAGGCACUAAGAGAAGUCGAGGAACAGACAGCUCGCACAGAUGAAGAUGCAAAGAACAUCGUGAAGAGCACCAGAGAAUUGCAUCAGGUCAUCACGGAACUUCGGGAGCGUUUGAACUGCUUCGAUGCCGACAUGAAGGAUGCCAGAGAAGGUUCCCAACACCUUGGACAGGUGGUUGCAGGAGUACAGCAGCAAACGGAUGGUUUCUUGUUUGAACUCACUGGCAUGAAGAAGAGCAAAGAAGAAAUGCAGGAGGUCUUCAGAGAAGCUCAAGAAGAUGCGCAGAGAGACCUGGGGGUGUUGAGGGUCUCCUGUGAAGCCCUCCAGCAGGCCUUGGAAGAUGUCUCUGAGAAGAUAACUCAACAAGAGGCAGAGACAAAGAGCAAGGAUCGUGGCACUGAAUCUCUUCACCAGGUUGUUGCAGAAGUGCAGCAGCAAGUGGGCAGUUUACAGUCAGAACUGCCCAACAUGAGGAAGGGCACAGAAGAAAUGCAAGAGGUCUUCAGAGAAGCUCAAGAAGAUGCGCAGAGAGACCUUGGGGUGUUGAAGGAUUCGUGUGAAGCCCUUCAGCAGGCUUUGGAAGAUGUCUCUGAGAAGAUAACUCAACAAGAGGCAGAGACAAAGAGCAAGGAUCGUGGCACUGAAUCUCUUCACCAGGUUGUUGCAGAAGUGCAGCAGCAAGUGGGCAGUUUACAGUCAGAACUGCCCAACAUGAGGAAGGGCGCAGAAGAAAUGCAAGAGGUCUUCAGAAAAGCUCAAGAAGAUGCUGAGAGAGACCUGGGGGUGUUGAGGGUCUCCUGUGAAGCCCUUCAGCAGGCUUUGGAAGAUGUCUCUGAGAAGGUGGCUCAAAAAGAGGAGGCAGAGAGCAGCGAACGUGGCAUGGAAGCUCUUCACCAGGUCGUUUCCUGCUUCCAGUCGGAGCUGACGAGCAUGAGGAAUGGGACAGAAGACAUGCAGGCGAAGCUCGGGGCGAGUGAAGGGGAUCUUCGGGAGCUUUGGAACGCCUGUCAGCAGUGUCAAGAGGUCUCGACGGCGUCGCAACAGGAGAUUCAGGCCUUGAAGGAGAAGCUCGUGGAACUCCAGGCCGGACACGGAGAACGCACGCUGCCUCAGCUGAUGGAGAGAGAGGAAGAGCUUUUGCAGAGCCACUCGGAGCUCCAAGCAGAGGUCAAGGUCCUGACGCUGGAGGCGCGACAAAGCCGACAUCAGGGCAUCAAGAGCCAAGCGGAGUUGGGCCAGGCCUUGGCCAGCAUCGAGGAGAACCGCACCUCCAAUGCACGAAGCUUUGAGGACUUCGAAGCCAAGUUGCACUCCGUGGCCCAGCGUGCUGAAGAAUGUGAGGCUUGGCAGAGCAACUCGCGCCCAGAGGAGCUUUGGGAGUGCUGCGCCCAACUGCUGCGGAGCUGUGAGCUGGAGCUCACCGAGGAGCGAGGUCAGCGUGCCGAGGAAGUAGCAGCUGUGACGACCGGCCUGCGGGAACAGCAGGAUCAAGGGCUGAAGCUGCAGGAGCACCUUUGGCAGCUCCAGGAGGGCCCUUUGGAAAGCUUGGCGCUCAUGGCUGAGGAGUGGAGAGCCGGCCUUUGUGAGCUUCGUGUGGCCUUAGAGGACACAGCUCAAGAGGAGUCGCUGGUGGAGCUUCGCUCGGCGGUGACGCUGGAGAUGGCGGAGGCCAGGUCGUUCGUCUCCGAGAGCUUGGCCGAGCAGGCUGAGCGGUUCAGCGAGGAGCUUCUGCAGGACUCGCGGCGAAAGGGCUUGGAGCUGGAAGGGGUGCGACGGCAGCUCCUGGAAACUGUGGAGGAUCGCAUCGCACUGCGGCGGCAGCUCUUGGACAUGUGUCGGGACCGGUCUGCCCCGCGGCACGGCGCGCCCAAAAGAGUUGCCGCCGAGCGAGCGAGCGAGGUUGAGCCGGGGCAGCAGGAAGG